UAUGUAUGAUUCGUAUGCCCCUCUUUUCCUAAGCAUUAGAAAAGAAGGAAAUCUACUGCCAUUCUCAACUAUGAACUCUUUAGGGAUGUUGGUGACCAUCGCUAUAAUGCUGAUAGAACUUGCAUCAGCUUUACCAAAUGACUUGAACUUUGCUCUGGAGAAAAAGCCAGACACCACUCUGCCCCAGAACACCAUGAUGGGGCAGAGCCUGAAAGAUCUCGGCAUCGAAGUGUGCCCGGACAACCUGCACCUGUGCCCUGGAACAGCCGAGUGUUGCCAGAAGGGAGAUGGCAAGUGGGACUGUUGCCAGAAGAGUGCAGUGCCUGUUUCAGGCGAAUGCUGCCACCAGCUGGGAUUUAUCUGGACUUGCUGCACGCCCCUCGUGCCCAAGUGCAAGUGGUGGGGAUGCUGGUGGACAUAAGCUCACAGCAUCACGGAAUUUAAGAAGAAAUCAGAGUUUAUUAAUGUCUUCCUAUCAUCAUAUUGUUGUAUCAAAAUUGUUAAGAUUUUCUAUAUAAUGAUUUUUAGAGAUAAAUUAAAGUUUUGCUAAUAAUUAAUAACAAAAAACUAAUUUGUAAAAGGAAUCAUAAUAAAAGUAUU